AUGGCGACCAUAGAGGCAGCGCGGUCUUCUGACGAGAUUCACGAGAGCAGUCGGGAGAAAGCUCUCACUACAAACGGCGAUGAGAUCGCAGACCCCCACAAGCCUGAGAAAAGUCUCGUUUCAGCGUCGUACAACAUGCAGACUGGCGAUGAAGACCCCACCUCGGAAGAACUUUAUGGUCCCAAUGCUCUCAGACGUGUAUCAGCUCCUAUUCCUUGGGCUGUGUAUACCGUCGCUUUCGUGGAGUUGUGCGAACGAUUUUCCUACUAUGGAACUCAGGUUCUGUACUCGAACUUCGUGAACCACUCUCUUCCCCAGAUUAAUGGCCCUCCCGGCUCCAAUCAUCGGACUGGUGCAGGUGGUGGAUCUUCUCAGGGUGUUUCUGGAGCUCUGGGACAGGGUGUGCAGACCGCCAACGGUGUCAACACCUUUAACACUUUCUGGUGCUACUGCGUUCCGCUGCUCAGUGCCUGGGUUGCUGAUGAAUACUGGGGCCGAUACAAGACCAUCUGCUGGUCUAUUGGUGCUGCCAUCCUGGGUCACAUUAUUCUAGUCAUUUCUGCCGUCCCACCUGUGAUCACAGACACAACUGCUUGUUUUGCUGUCUUCAUGCUGGGUGUCAUCAUCAUGGGUUUUGGCACGGGUGGCUUCAAACCAAACAUUUCGGCAUUAGUUGUCGAACAAAUUCCAGUGGUGAAUCAGAAGGUGCGUACCCUGCCAUCAGGAGAGCGCGUUAUUAUCGAUCCGACAAUUACCCAAAGCCGAAUUUAUCACUACUUCUAUCUGUUCAUCAAUAUUGGCGCUCUGGUCGGUCAAAUUGGGAUGGCAUACGCCGAGAAGUAUGUUGGGUUCUGGCUAGCAUUCUUGCUUCCCACCCUCAUGUUCCUUACGACUCCUUUCGUUAUGUGGUGGGGACGCAAGCGUUACCGUCAAUCUCCUCCCCAGGGCUCAGUCACCUCCAAGGCAGUGCGGACACUCAUGUACGCCUUGAAAGACCGCUGGCACUGGAACCCCGUGAAAUUGUGGAAACGCACCCACGAUGGUACCCUUUGGGAAACUGCCAAGCCAUCUAACAUCCCACCCCACCUGCGCCCCAAAUGGAUGACCUUCGAUGACGCCUGGGUCGACGAAGUACGCCGUGGUUUUGCCGCCUGCAAAGUCUUUUGCUGGUACCCGCUGUACUGGCUGGCAUAUGGCCAGCUAACCAACAAUCUUACUUCGCAGGCCAGCACCAUGACCCUGCACGGCGUACCUAACGACGUCGUGAACAACCUGGACCCUUUCGCUCUGAUCAUCUUCAUUCCUAUCUGUGACGCCUUCAUCUACCCCGGUCUGCGGAAGAUGGGCAUCAGGUUCACGGCUAUCAAGAAGAUCUUCUUUGGCUUCAUGAUUGCCAUGUUGGCUAUGGUCUGGUCGGCUGUCGUCCAGUACUAUAUCUACAAGACAUCCCCUUGUGGCUAUCAAGCUAACAACUGCUACACUGCGGAUGGUGCUAUUCGUCCCUCCCCGUUGAACGUGUGGAUCCAAGCGGGCGCCUACGUUCUCAUUGCCUUCUCCGAGAUCUUCGCCUCGAUUACCUCUCUUGAGUAUGCAUACUCCAAAGCUCCCCGGAAUAUGCGUUCCUUGAUCCAGGCGAUCUCGCUCUUCACCAAUGCCAUCUCCGCUGCUAUUGCUGAGGCUCUGAACCCAUUGUCUAGUGACCCACUGCUGAUAUGGAACUACGGUGUCUUUGCCGUGCUGGCGGGUCUCGGUGGUGUUUUCUUCAUCUUUUCGUUCUGGGAGCUGGACAAGGAAGAAGACGAACUCAACAACCUGCCCGAGGGUCGCGUUGUUGCUGAUGAGAAAGCCGUCAUGGGUACAUUGGAGGCGGCUGAGAUUGGCCCUGUCAGGGGUUAA